AUGGAUCAAAUCAUACUAAGGAAGUCCAAAAAAUCUAGCGAAGGACAAUGUAUUUCAGAAGUGAUUCCACUCUCAACUAUCAAACAAUGUAACUUACCUCUCUCGUCAAAACAAAUAAUGACCACUGCCAUUGCUCCUAUGACACAAUAUCAUCGUCAAAUGCGUAGCGAAGGCCUGUGCCAAGCACGACACUUUAUUGUAGUUUCAAUUCAGUCUUUUUUUUCGUCUAGGCCUACAACUUCACUCUCUUAUCAUGAUUACCUAACUUUUUCUUGUCUAACUGACAUCAAACAGUACCGAAUAGAGUUUCGAAUUACCACAAAUCAAAUACAAAUGACUUAUCGUAAGUAGAUUGAUAUCGAAGAUGAGGGCAGGAACAAGAUGUUGUUGUACAGACCCCAACAAAAAAUGCACCCGGCUAAGGCUAAUCCCAUUGUCUUUUCGUGACUAUCUUGUAGAAACCUAGAGCCCAACAGAUGAUACCAAUACCAUAGACCAUGUGUGGAGUAGAACAUCAUAGCUCGUGUAUUGCAGGCCAUAAGGAAGGUGUACAAAGCAUACUUGUAUCCAGAACGAAG